AUGUUAUCAGUAGAUGAUUCAGACCAGACCGACGGCUCAGAUGAAUUGGUGUCAUUUUGGUCUAUCAUAAGCAAACCUACUGCGGCACCCGAGCAAAUACAUGCCGAUGAACUUCUUAAUAACUUUGGCGAAAAACAAAAUUAUCCGAAACAAAAGAAAAAAUCUAAAGCUAAAAGUAGUUUAUUAACAAAUUUUGAUCGGUGGAAAUACGAUUUUUUUCAAAAUGAAACAACUUCAGCACAUAACAAACCAAUCGAUGCCUAUAUCUUGAAUUUAAUUACUAUAAUCAAUGAACAUCCAGAUUAUUAUACGACAAGUUCCUGUUCCGGUCGAAUACUGCUUCACGCUUCAUCAUCAUCUUCAAAAACCGAUUUUAAAUGUUUAUAUGUUACACAUGAACAAACAAAUAUUAAUGACAUUCUUAAUUGUGUAACUACAGCAGCAACAGAAAAACGUUUUGAUACAAUUACAUUUAAAUUAGAAACACUUAUAAUCCACGUCAUAUGUCGACAUAUUGAUUGUGCAAAACAAUUAUUAAAUAUUGCAUUGCAAUCUGGUUUUCGUAAUUCUGGUUUAAUCUUUUCACGUCAAGAUAAAAUAACAUUAUCUGUACGUAGUACACAGUCAUUAGAGAUACCAUUUAUUAUUGAUGGUUUAUUAUGUGUUGAUAAAUUAUAUGUAGAAAAAAUAAUUCAUUAUGCUAAUGACAAAAUGAUGACAAAUUUUCAACGUAUUGAUGAGCUUUCAGAUAACGU